GCCCGUGGCUCCUCCCGCGCCGGCGGCUCCUCCUCGCCCGUGGCCGCGCCGAGCCCGGCGAUAUUUAACCUGGGCCGGGGAGCGGCGGCCCCAGCGACGGCCCCGGACACCGGCACCCGGGAGCCCCCGGACCCACCCGAGCCCCCUCGGAACCCCCAGAGCCCCCGGUCCCCAGCCCCGGCACCCGCACAGCCCCGGAGCCACCGCCGGCCCGGCCCCGCCAUGAGAGCCCCGGUGCCGGUGGCGCUGGGUUGCAUCAGCUUAGUGCUGUGUGUGCUGGAGCUGCCCGCCGGCCUGCCCCGGCCCCACGGCCGAGCGCACAGGCGCAGGGAGCCCCCGGACCGGAUCCCGUCCCUGCUGUCCCCCUUUGUGGACCCUGCUGUGCCGCAUGCUUCCGGCACUGCCCGGCACCGGCUGCCCGCGCCGUGGCCCCCCCCGGCACACGCGUCGCGGCACAGGCAGCGGCACACGCGUGGCCGGCGGCACACGCAGCUGCUGCGCGUGGGCUGCGUGCUGGGCACGUGCCAGGUGCAGAACCUGAGCCACCGGCUCUGGCAGCUGCGGGGACAGUUGGGGCGCCAGGACUUGUCCCCCAUGAACCCCCACAGCCCCCACAGCUACGGGUGAUGGGGACCCCCGGCCCUCGCCCGCUGCCCCCCCCCGCAUCUCCACUAAAGCACUUCCAGAGUCA